AUGGCGAGCAGCAACGCUCCGGGCGCACCACUCUUGGUCGUGCUGGGCUCGACAGGCACAGGCAAAUCAGACCUGGCCGUAGAGCUUGCCACUCGCUUCAAUGGAGAAAUCAUCAAUUCAGAUGCUAUGCAGCUCUACAGUGGCCUCCCCAUCAUCACCAACAAAAUCACCCCGGCCGAGCAAAAAGGCAUCCCUCACCACCUCCUGGGCCAUAUCCCUCUUCACCACCUCCCCUGGGACGUAGAAGUCUACAAGCGUGAGGCCAACAAAGUCAUCAGUCAAAUCCGCACCAGAGGGAACCUGCCUAUUCUCGUGGGCGGAACACAAUAUUACGUCGACCCGUUACUAUUCACGGACGUCAUCCUCGAUGACGUCCAGCAAACAGACUCCUCCGCGGCAUUUCCUAUUCUGGAAGAACCAACAGAAGUCCUCCUAGAAGAGCUCCGGAAACGCGAUCCCGUCAUGGCAGAAAGAUGGCACCCCAACGACCGCCGCAAAAUACUUCGUUCGCUAGAAAUCUACCUGCACACGGGGAAGCCGGCCUCGCAGUUCUACGCGGAACAGGAAACGCGCAAAGCAGCCGCUGCCAGCGGAGAAGCACCUGGCAGACCCUGGGAGAAGCUCUUGUUUUGGGUUUAUUCCGACAAGGAAGUUCUUUCCGAGCGUCUCGACGCGCGCUGUGACAAGAUGCUUGACUCUGGGCUUCUAGAUGAGAUCCAUGAGCUAUACGGCUUCAAGAAAAGAGCCGAAGAAACAGGCCAAGCUAUGGACAUGACAAAGGGGAUAUGGCAGUCCAUAGGCUACAAGCAAUUCGAGCCAUAUCUACACGCCUUCGAAGCAGGGAUAGCCGCCGCGGAAGUCGAGAAGCUGAAGCUGUCAGGCUUGGAAGACAUGAAGACUGCAACAAGACGUUACGCAAACUAUCAAACGAAAUGGAUCCGCAUCAAACAAAUGCGGCGCUUGCAGGAUGAGGGUCCCGAGGCAGUCAGCAGUUUAUAUCUAGUUGACAGCACGGACCUGUCUCAGUUCCAGAAGAAUGUAGUCGAACCGGCCGCGAAGCUGACGGAGUUGUUUUUGAAGGGAGAGCAACGUCCAGCAGCGGUCGACGUCUCCGAAACGGCAAAAAAAGUCCUCGGAAGUGCACUUGAGUUGAGGCCCAAGGAGACGCCGAUCAAGAGAACGUGUGAUAUGUGUCAGACGAUCCUGGUUACGGCACAGGCAUGGGAGAGGCAUGUGGGGAGCGUGGGCCAUAGACGAGCAGCAAAGAAGAGGACAAAGUUUGCCCUCGUCGCUGUUGAUGCGCAAAGAGGGGGCGAGGAUAAGCCAGGGGCCGACUCCGAUGGAUCACGAGCGUCAAGCCCGGAUAUUGGCUCGAUGUUUUCCAUGUUUUCCCAUUGA